UUCUUCUCCCAUUGGCUGAUACUUUAGCGCCGCCUUACGUUUGUCCUCGAAGUUAAGCGCUCGGCUCGGCGUCGGCGGCACGCACCGUUGCGCACAGUCAAUCAGUCAGCUACGAACAUACGAAGGCUGUGUAAGUUGAGUUGCUGUUUAUUAUUUUUUUUUACCAACGAGCUUCUGCAGGAUAGACCCUUUUGUUGUUAAGAAGCUAAAUAAUUAAUAAAAAGUAUUUCUUCUUGUACAGAACCUCGAACAAACAACUUGCUAUUGCUGAUAAUUAAAUAAUAAUAAUAAUUAUUAUUAUUAUUUACGAUAACUAAAAGUGCCAAGUUUAUUAUUUUACUAAAAAAAAAAAAUAAUUAUAAGUAAAUAGUAAAUAAAUAAAUAAAUAAAGUGUCACGAGUGCCAAAUGGUAAGUGACUUGACAAGUGGUAAUUUAGUUGUAGUUACACGACUUAGUAAUAAGUGAUUGACGAGCCGGUAUUUAUUAUUAUAAAUGUUAUUAUUAUUUAUUGAUUAAUUUUAUUGCUUGAUGAAACAGGGGUUAGAAACAUUGUAGUUUUUUGUGAAGGAAAAAAAAAGGUGGGAAGAAAAAAAAUACUGCGAAUAAUAGUAGAAGAAUUAAUAAAAGCAAUAAGCUAACUGAAGAACUAAAGAAGAAUAAAGUAAUAAUUCUCAUUACGUAUUCGUGAGUCAAUUGGUGAGCAAGCGGUUUCACAAAGGAAAGUUGUGACUGUGUAAUUGUGCGUUUAGUUGUUUUUAAAACUAAAACUGUAACUUAAACAAUAAGUACCAUCAUGUCUGCUGCUGUUAUGAGCACUACGAUAUACGAGUGCAGUGAACAUCUUUUUAAGAGCGGACAAAAGUCCAAGGAUCCAAUGAGCGUCCAAGCAGGAGCGGGUCCAAUUCCUCUGAGAAGAAGCUACACAUCUCUGGUGACUCUGUUCGAGCAGCACCGAAAGCUGGACCGAAGUGUAAGCGAGCCAACUUCAAGGUACAAGACCGAGCUUUGCCGGCCCUUUGAGGAGUCCGGUACCUGUAAGUACGGAGACAAAUGUCAAUUCGCCCACGGGUACAAUGAACUGCGCAAUCUUACUCGUCAUCCCAAAUACAAAACGGAACUCUGUCGCACGUUUCAUACCAUCGGGUUCUGCCCUUACGGACCUAGGUGCCACUUCAUCCACAACUUCGAGGAAGCCAGGAUUCACAAUGAAAAAGUAAACCAACAACUGGGUGGUGUCCAGCCGAACAUCAUGGGCCUGACACCCUUUUUGAGUGUCAGCGCAGCAGCUGCCAAUUUAAAUAUAUCAUUGCUGGAGCAGAUCGCCACUGCGCCUCAUCAAGCCUUAACGGCUAUUAAUAACAUCCAUUCUCCGUUAAUAAGAACCAACUCAUUGAACAUUGGGACCCAGCACACGGCGUUCACAAAUUCACCAUUGCUCAGAGCCAACUCGCUCAGUCUUAUGACUCACCAUCAUCACAAUCACCAGACAAAUUCAGUGGCAAUUGGCACUCGACCCAAGCCACUAAAUCUCAGCCCGACUUUUUCGCUUGGCAGCACUGCCGAGUCCGUGUCACCGUCUUCGAGUCUCAGCCAGUCACCGACAAACUCUAUGGCCAGCUUCUUCAGCGACGACUGUGCUGGCAAUCCUAAUAAUAAUGCUAAUCUCUCCACAACGGCAUUCAGUUUUGGUCAGGAUUUUGGACUACUUGCUGCUACUAGACAAAGUCCAAGUCCACCCGGUGCCAUUGUUAAUCAUCAUUCUGUCUCUGAUGAUCUCAUACCGAGAACUCCGUCACCAUUGUCACCGAACAACGAAUCCAGAUUACCCGUUUUCAAUAGAAUCAGCAGUACCAUCGGUGAUUUUGAAAACUUGAAAAUUUAAAUUUUUCUAUCCUAUUAUUAUCAUUUUUUAUUAUUAUUAUUAUUAGUAGUCGUUCCUUUUUUUUACAUUUCUUACAGUUGUUUUUUUACUCAAUUCAGUUGGUUAAAUUACUUAUACUAUCAAUAUCUAUUAAUAAUUAUUUAUAACGACGACCUUAUAACACGUAUAAAGACAAGUUUUAUGUGUAAUUAGUUAGGGUUUAUAUUAAUUAUUCAGUGAUUUUAAAUACCGUGAUCUACAAGCGACAAUCAUGAACGAGUGAAACGUCGCAAUAUUCCAUACGCAUAUUUUUUUCCUAUCCUUUAUUAAUUAUCUUUAGUUUUUUUUUUUUUUUUUUUAUUUAUUAUUUUUGUCCGGAUUAU